CUGUGGCGGGGGCUGCUGCCGGGAGCGGAGCCGGCCACGCGCAGGGUGAGGAGGGAGCUUCCCGGGUGGACGUGCGCGAGCUGGCCUGGGGAGUCGCGAGUGGGUGAGUGAUGUGAAGGAACUGAGGUUGAGAAGUGAAAUCAUAAAGCUCCAGUCAUCCAGCUGAUUGGUGACAGAAUCAGAAUUCUAGCUCAGCUCUCCUGGCUCCAAAUACCAGUUCUACAAUUUAUUGCCUUUUAACAUUGGAUUGGCUCACGGGCCUCUACAGAGCUGCUGAUCAGAAUGGACGAAGAGCUCCUGCCCAAUUCACAUGUGCUCAUCAGUGGCAAUAAAUCAAUUCUGAAAUCAGAACUCUUAUCUCUGCUAAAAACAUACAAUUGCUAUCAUGAAGGAAGAAGCUUCCAGCUGAGACAUCGAGAGGAAGAAGGAGAGCUGAUCAUUGAAGGGCUACUCAACAUAUCCUGGGGAUUGAGGCGACCCAUCAGGCUCCAGAUGCAGGAUGAUAAUGAGAGAAUCCACCUCUCUACGGCCCCAUGGAAGAAAGAUCUAUCUACUUUAAGCCAAACGGGACUUCAACAGGGUGCCAAGGAGACCAUUGAGGAAUCAAGCCCUCAUGCUGUGGUGAACUCAGAAAGCUCUGGCACCUACUCAACAGAUCUUAUAAAUGGUGAAGAGGAGACACCACAGCUCAUGCGGACAAAAAGUGAUGCAAGUUGCAUGAUUCAGCGAAGAUCAAAAUGCCGCACACUGGGAGAAGCUCAGAAGAUAAAGCGGCAUAGAUUUUCAAUCAACGGGCAUUUCUAUAACCACAAGACCUCAGUGUUUACUCCUGCCUAUGGCUCCGUGACCAAUGUGAGAGUCAACAGCACCAUGACAACUGUCCAAGUGCUCACCCUGCUUCUGAACAAAUUUAGGGUUGAAAAUGGCCCUAGUGAGUUUGCACUUUAUGUAGUUCAUGAAUCAGGAGAACGGACAAAACUAAAAGACUGUGAAUAUCCACUUAUUUCAAGAAUCCUACAUGGUCCAUGUGAGAAAAUCGCCAAAAUAUUUCUGAUGGAAACAGACUUGGGAGAAGAAGUUCCUUAUGAUGUCGCUCAGUACAUUAAGUUUGAAAUGCCGGUGCUGGACAGUUUUGUUGAAAAAUUAAAAGAAGAGGAGGAAAGAGAAAUAAUCAAACUGACUCUGAAGUUCCGCACUCUCCGCUUGAUGAUGUUGCAGCGUCUGGCGCAGUUGACAGAUCCAGAAGAGUUGGCGUAGCAUCUGGUUUCCAGAAUGACCAGGGAUAGCAAUUUUGGAUUAUGGAAAGGUCUACAGGAUGCAAGCAUCUGAAGCCAAUCAGCUGUGAUUCUUUGAUACUCGCCCUCUAAUUGCCACUUAACCAGCUCCGCAGAACAACUGGGGGAUAGACACACUAUUUAUCUGUGCAGCACUAACACCUUAUCUUUUGCUAUUAACUGUAUCUCUGGAGUUGUUCCCUCUGGAGUUGGUCUGUGGGGGACCAGAUCAGAUCUUAGGGAAAGAGAACUUUCAUCUAAGGUACCUACAGCUGAUAUCUUUCUUUUGCAAGAAGAUUCCUCAGAGUUUAUAACCCCCUUGAUUGCCUGGUAGUAGUGUAGAGUAGGACAUGUGGCAUGGGUGAGGAGAUGUAAUGGGAGCUGUAGGAACUUCUAGCUCCCAUUCUUGCCAUCCUUCUGGUGCCAAGUCCCUAAAGAGUUAGUUUGUAAGGCCGGUCCAACUAGUCUUUGCCUUUUCUAAUAUCUCUGAAUAACCCAAAUCACUGUUCCUUUUGUCACCAGAAAGGGGUGGUAUGUACAUCACACAAUUUGUGUUCUCUCCUAUUGCUUCUAUGAAUUCACCAUAACUCACACAGUGUGGGUGUGUUACUGUGCUAGAAAACACCAACCUCAGUAGUGGUUGACAGUCAAUUUUGAAAUACUGUUAUUUGUAACAAUGCCCAUUUCACUAUGGUUUGGCCUUGGCUAUUGGACUGUUGUGAAUCUUUUCAGUGCAAACCUGAAAAUCAAAGUCACUUAAAUAUCAAAGUCACUUAAAUUCUCCUCUUUCACCUUCCCCUGCCCCUGCCCUCCCCCCCAAUGAAAAAAGUCAUAUAGAUGUUCAUUCCAGUCCUUGCUCUUUACAAAGCAGUGCAAUUGGUGGAAUGUGUAUUGCGCAACUCAUGAAGGGAACACUGCCAGCUUCUUUUGGCUACUUCUAAAAGAGUAUUAUCACUCUGUUAGCAUGGUGUACAUCCAAGGGAAGGACUAGUUUAUACAAUAUUCCCAGAUAACCCUAAGACAAAAUACUAAAUGAGAAUGGUGUCUGAGAGGUGCAAAACAAAGUGGUCCUAGUGAUGCCCAGGGGCAUGGAACUAUUAUUUCUACCUCGGAAACAGUGAGUCUAAUACUUUUCAAUUCCUUCAAACUGACAUUUAAGCCAUUAGUGCUUGAAUUGGGAGGAAAGGGCUUCAAGUUCCCAGGAGACACGAUACUGAAGAAAUCUUGUAUUUUUCGGCUAAGGAAAAAUUCUAGGAAUGAAGUGGCCUUUGCAAAAAUAUGCAGUUUCAGGGAACAGUCACUGGAAAUGCUUGGUCAAAACAGAACCAAACCUAUAGCCUAGAUUCUCCUUUUGGACCAGAAUCUCAUGACCUAAUUCCCCAGCUAUUUGCCCUUUCUCCUAAUAAAUGGAUAAUAAAUUUGGUGUAAA